UUAAACCCCUGUUUGCUCGUCUUUUUUUUUCUUGUAAGAAACCCCAGGAAACUCGACUAGAGACUUGAAUUCUUGUCUCCAGGAAUUAAAAGGGACAGGCACAUCUAGUCGCAGUACAAGAAGUGCCAAUAUCCAAUAAUUCGCUUUUCAUUCUUACUUUUGCAAUUGUGCGUAAUUCAUUGAAAUCUUUAGAAAGUUCCAUGACCUUUGAUAAAUUAACAACAAGAACGUAGAACGCAUUAUAACCACCAAUCAUCAUGGAUGCUGAGAAAUCAAGCAAUAGCUCCUUCGAGGAUCUUUCAAAUCUCAAUGAGGCCGACAUGAAAGCUGCCGCAGAAGCUUUCAUAGACAACGAAAAACAAGAUGCUGAGGGUGGUGAAAAGGAAACAGCAGGACAGGAAGAAGAUAUCUGCGAUGUUUUGGGCAAUGGCCAAUUGAUUAAAAGAGUUCUUAAGAAGUCCACCAGCAACAAACGACCACAGCGAGGCGACAAGUGUACAUUGAGCUUUACUGGCAAAUUGGAGAAUGGCAAGAUUGUGGAGAAACAGGAGAAUUUUGAAAUUCAUGUUGGUGAUUUUGAGGUAAUACAAGGUCUUGAUAUGACUAUUCCCUUAAUGGAUAUCGGUGAAGUUGCUGAAGUUCAAGUUGAUGCAAGAUUUGCCUAUGGUUCAUUGGGCUUGAAAAAUGAUACAGACCCCGAAUUAAGCAUUCCCCCAGAAUCAAAGUUAACAUACGAAGUGCAUUUAAAAGACGCAAUUUAUGAAGAUUUUUCCGCUCUUAAAUCUUAUGAAGUACGCAAAACAUAUGGAACUCGCAAAAAGGAACGCGCCAAUUUCUGGUAUAACCGCAAUGAUUAUAACACGGCCAUUCAGUUGUAUAGACGUGCAUUGGACUACUUGGAUGAUCGUGAUGGUGACCCUGAGGCUGAAUUUGAGAAAGAAGACUUAGAGUUAUCAAAUAAUGAGUUGCAAUCUUUACUGAAUGAUCGCUUGAUUGUCUACAAUAAUCUGGCUAUGGCUCAAAUCAAAAUAUCAGCUCUGGAUGCGGCUUUACAGUCUGUUGAAAACGUUUUACGCUGUCAGCCGAAUAACUCAAAAGCUUUAUAUAGGAAAGGAAGAAUACUGGAGGGAAAAGGCGAUACAAAAGGAGCCAUUACAUUAUUACAAAAGGCCGCGACUUUGGAACCUGAAAGCCGAACUAUUCAACAGGAUUUGGCAAAAUUAAUCAUUAAAGCAAGACGCGAAGAACACAAUGAGAAAAAGAUGUACCAAAAAAUGUUGGGACAGGCCAACAAAUUGGAGCAGAAAAAUAAGCAACCACAAAAGCAACAAACUGUUGAAAGUUCUAAGUUAAAACUAUUGGGCUAUCUCAUGGGUUCCAUUUUGAUUGGUGUCGCCGGUGUGGCAAUGUAUCGUUAUAAAUAUUAAUUGACGCCCCUUCUCAAACCUACGGGGUUUUAACACAAUAACCUCAAAAAUCAAUUUCCACAAGAGAUCGGCCGUAAGAACCACAAAAGCAGCGAAUAUUCACUCAUGUUUAUAUUUUUUUGUUUUGUGUGGUAUCAUAAGGAUACUCAAUCUGAAAUUUUUUGCACUUGUCCCGAAAUCCCGUAAUGAAGGAGUUCAUGUUGUUUAUAUUCUCUUUUCCGACACCCCUGUUGUAUGUAUGUAAUUUACAAGCAUUUUUUUAUAUCUAUUUUAGUUGCUUUAUGGAGUAAAGGGUUAUUUUCUUUUCGUUUUUUUGCGCCGUACAUGAUUGCUGUUUAAAUUUCACCAAUUAUUACUUUUUUGGAUCUUAAGCAUUCAAUAUGAAUGGUUUUAAGUUAAUUUUCAUUCCAUGUUGAUGCGUUUAUUUGAUACAAAAAAAAAACAUUAAAACAAAAUAUAUCAAAUUUCUAAAUAAAUGAAAAGCAUA